AGUCGCGCGGUGGUCGCCGUACCGAGUGUUGCGAUAGUGGUGAUUUUACGUCGAGGGGAGUUUGUACUUCUGAGUUAACUCUUUUUCGCUCGUAAAGAAAUCAUGAUCUCGUGAACGCGAUCGUUAAUUAUAAACUGUGACUCGAUGAUGGAACACUUAGAAACGUCACGGUAUAUUUUAGAGCAGAGUGCGCGAAAUUAGAAAUUCGUAAGCAUGAGCAUCGGAAGGAAAGGAGUCGGUUUCUCGGCGACGUGUCCGCUCCGGGAACAAUUAUCAUUUUGAUACAGGGUACGCCUUAUCGAGAGUAGAAAACGAGAUUCACCGGGAACUGAAAUUAACAGGCACCUUAGCGGGUGUAUAAUUAAUCAUCGCGAGUACGCGUCAGUCGUCGAGGAUUCUUCCGAACCGGUCAAGUGUCUCGAAACGUGCGGCGCUUACAACUUGGUUAAGUACGAUGGGUACUCCCGCGCGUUGGAUUGAACGAUUCGCCGCGCCAAGUGAAGUGUGAUUCUUUUUAAGUGUAAGCUACUUGGAAGCACUCGUGUCAUCAGUGAAACGCGCGCGCGGUAACACCCUCGCAUAUCGUCGAGUCGAUUAAACGAGCCGUUCGCGCGGAUAGGCGACUGCUGUAGAGCAUCGCGUAAUAUUUUCCUGUAAACGGGAUCGUCAUGAUCCGGGGCGUUCGAGUCAGUAGCCGAAUCGCGAGUUCGAUAUCGAUUGCCGGUGAAGGCACACAUGCCAGUGUCUCGGAAUAAAUAUUGGGGGGCGGAAACGAGCAACGACAACGUGCACUAACAGCGGGGCCGAGGCGGCGUGUGAUGACCGGCAGGAGACAACGAGGGAACGAAAAUAAGAGAAGGCAACGACGAGCGGUUCGGUAAAGAUGCGAAAACCGGAAGAGCUCUCGGUGUUGUCGCUGGCGUUAUUGGUAUACUGUUGCUAUCUCUUAGUCCCGGUAUACCACGUGCUCGCGGUGACCAGUGAAUUGCCGCCGAGGCUCGAUUUGCCGGAACACUGCUCGUGGGACUCCAGACAGGAUGGCGCGGUCACUUGCAUUCACCGACGACUCGCCUACGCCGGGAACGAUUCUCUCAGGGCGAACUUCUCGCAGGCGACCAGCGAGUACGUGACCUCGAUGAACGUACUAUGUGAGGAUACGGAGGAAUCAUUGUUCGAGAACGGCGGUGGCAGCGUCCCGAACGUGGACGGGUUCGCGCAACUAUGGAGAUUACGAUCGUUGAGACUGACCGGGUGCAAGCUGGUGCACUGGCCGGCGAAAGUUCUGAACGGUCUGCGGGAUCUCCGCAAUCUGACGGUCAGAACCUUGAACGGGCGUAAGAGCAAGUACAGUUUGGAGUUGGAGAGCGGCGCGUUCGACUCUGUACCGCAGAUCGAGAAGAUCGAUUUAUCUUGGAACAACAUCUGGCAGAUACCGGAACAUUUGUUCUGUCCGUUGUCGAAUCUGCUGACGUUGAACGUGUCCUGGAACAUGCUGAAGGACAUCGCCGAGCUGGGAUUCAGGGACAUCGCGGAGAAACAUCCGAGACGUCUGCAGGAAUCGACUCCGUCGCCGUUCCCGUGUUCUCUCGACGUUCAGUCGUUGGACGUAUCGAACAAUCAGAUUUCGGUGUUGCCCGCCUACGGAUUCACAUCGCUGAAGAGGCUCCGCGUGCUCAACUUGUCGAACAACGCGAUCUCCAUGGUGGCGGACGAGGCGCUCCACGGGCUCAGAUCCCUUGAGACGUUCGACCUUUCCGGGAAUCGAAUCGUCGCGUUGCCGACGGAGAUGUUCCGAGACGCGGCUAAAUCGUUGAAGGAACUGCGGCUACAGAACAAUUCCAUCAGCGUGCUGUCACCGGGCCUAGUCGCGGGGAUGGAUCAGCUGGUCGCCUUGGAUUUGUCGAGGAACGUGUUGACAAGCUCGUGGUUGAAUUCCGCCACAUUCUCCAGACUGAUUCGACUGGUUCUCUUGAAUUUGUCCCACAACAGGAUCACCAAGCUGGACCCGGCCCUCUUCAAAGACCUCUAUACCUUGCAGAUAUUGAAUUUGCAAUACAACGAGAUCGAGACGAUUCCGGCGGAUACGUUCGCACCGAUGAGCAAUCUCCACACACUGGAUCUGGCGUACAAUCGAUUGACUUACUUGGACGCCUACUCCCUGAACGGUCUGUUCGCGCUGUCUCUACUCUCGCUCGAUUCGAAUCAACUAGAGGGUAUCCAUCCGGACGCCUUCCGGAAUUGUUCCAGUAUGCAGGAUCUGAGCUUGUCCGGAAAUAGCCUGGACAGCAUACCAGUCGCGUUGAAGGAUAUGAGAAUGCUCCGUACGCUGGACCUCGGCGAGAAUCAGAUCAGGAGCCUGAACAGGCCCGGUUUCCGGGGAAUGCCCAACCUCUACGGAUUACGAAUGAUCGGUAACGAGAUCACGAACGUGACGGCGGAAGACUUCGCCGAAUUGCCCGCGCUACAGAUCCUGAACUUGGCCAGAAAUCGAAUCGAGGUGGUGGAGGACAACGUGUUCUCCGCGAACCCGGAGUUGCAGGCGAUUCGUAUGGACUCGAAUCUGUUGCAAGACAUGUCGAGUAUGUUCGCUAGCGCGCCCGGUCUCCUCUGGCUGAACAUGUCCGACAACAUGAUCGUCAAGUUCGAUUACGGUUACCUGCCGGAGAAAUUGCAGUGGAUGGAUCUGCAUAAAAAUCUUAUUAUGGACCUCGGUGUCGCGCCACAGGGCAUGAGAUUACAGACGCUCGACGUGUCGUUCAACCGGCUAACGAGGAUACACUCGAGGUCGAUACCGGAUUCCAUCGAGAUUCUGUUCGUGAACGACAAUCUGAUUCAAACGGUCGAGCCGCAGACCUUCUUCGACAAGAAGAAUCUCACCAGGGUCGAUCUGUACGCGAACCAGAUCGUUCGGAUGAACUUGUCCGCGUUCCAGUUGACGCAGGUGCCGGCUUACCGACAAUUGCCGGAAUUCUACAUCGGUGGGAACCCGUUCAUAUGCGACUGCACCACCGAGUGGCUGCAAAGGAUCAACACGCUCUCGCUCAGACAACACCCGAGGGUGAUGGACCUCAAGUCGGUUUACUGCAAGCUUCCGUAUGAUCGGCACAAAUCUCUUAUUCCGUUGCUCGAGGCGAAACCGUCGCAAUUCCUGUGCACAUACAAGGCGCACUGCUUCGCGCUCUGUCAUUGCUGCGACUUCGACGCCUGCGAUUGCGAGAUGACCUGCCCGGCCAACUGUACUUGCUAUCACGAUCAAUCCUGGUCGGCGAACGUGGUGGAUUGUUCCAACUCCGGCUACAAAACCCUCCCCGGCCGAUUGCCCAUGGACGCCACCGAGGUCUACCUCGAUGGAAACAAUUUCGGUGAAUUGAAUUCUCAUUCGUUCAUCGGUCGAAAGAAUCUACAGAUACUGUACGCGAACGAUAGCAACAUCAGCGCUGUGCGCAAUCACACAUUUAGCGGUCUCAAACGGCUGCUGGUUCUUCAUCUGGAGAACAACAAGAUAAGCGUGCUAAACGGUGUCGAACUGAUGCCGUUGGAGAACUUAAAGGAACUCUACCUGCAGAAUAAUCUGCUCACGUACAUAGAUAACGGUACGUUCCUCCCGCUGCGUCAGCUGGAGGUGUUGAGACUGGAGAACAAUCGACUGGGCACUUUCGCCGUUUGGCAGCUAGGUCAGAACCCGUACCUGGUCGACAUCGGGCUGUCGAGCAACCCGUGGAGCUGCGAGUGCUCCUACCUGGACCGCGUGCGCGAGUGGAUGUCCCGGAACACAGCGAAGAUCAGCGACUGGAGGAGCGUCACCUGUUCCCUCGGCAUGCCCAUAGCUCUUUCAACGAACGGAUCGGUCAGCAAUUGCGCGGCGCUAACGAGCACCACCUCAGUAAUCGAGACUCGACCGCUCGAGGCUUAUCUACCACUACUGCUGGCCACGGCCGUGCUCGUUUUCGCGAUGGUCGCCCUCGUCUGCGGCGCGUUCAGGCAUCGACGCACGCUGAGAACGUGGGCCGCGAGCAGAUGCGGCCUGAGAGCAUGUUACAAGACGGCGGCGUUCGAAGACCAGGAGAAGCCCUUCGACGCGUACAUCUCCUACUCCGCCGUGGACGAGGCGUUCGUCUCAACGAUCCUGGUUCCCGGUCUGGAAACUUCGUACCGUUUGUGUUUGCACUAUCGCGAUCUGGGCGCUGGCAGCAACGUGACUGACGCGGUCGCGGAGGCGGCCGACUCCUCCAGGCGUACAAUCCUGGUAUUGUCGAAAAACUUUCUGCACGGCGAAUGGGCCAGGUUCGAGUUUAAAGCGGCUCUCAGGGACGCUCUGAAAGGCAAGGGCCGUUCGGUGAUCCUACUGCUGGUAGGCGGCGUGUGUCCGCGUGAUCUCGAUGCCGAUCUCAAAAAGAGAAUCUCGUCGCACACCGUGCUGGUCUGGGGGGACAAGUUGUUUUGGCAGAAGCUAAGGUUCGCCAUGCCAGACGUGUCCCCUGUUCCUGUUUUGGAGAGACCUCUGCCGUUACCGCCACCGCCACCGCCCCCGGCCCAGUAUCAAUGGACGUAGAACCGCCGUUAUUUAGAUGUGAACUGUUGCCAGAAGUAUUAUCAACUCGCAUUACGUAUGGAGUAAUUGAAAAUCGCAUCGGGGGACAAGGUGUGUGUGUUUCACCGACCGUCGCGACCGUUUCUCUCUAUUUAUUAUCAAGAAGUAUUUCUUACUAUCGCAAUUGUACUUCGUAUACACGAUGUCCGUGCACUUAAAGUAAACGGUUUAUUCGUAUUUUUGAGAAUCGUGAUAGCUUUGUAGUGUGAAAAUGUAAAUUAGGGCGAAGGAAAAAUACGAAACAGACAGAAACGAUCAAACGAGAUGACGUACGCGAGCAAGUUCUUGGGGAAGAAGAAACCGAAGAAGGAAAAUGCGUGACGGAAGCAUACACGAACACGUAACACACGAACACACGUACACACAUACCGAACAUGCUGCCCUUUAUUAAAUCGUAAUUGCAACGAA